AUGGCACCUCGAGGCGCAAGGCGCAGCGAAGUUGCUGAACCGCAAGCCAUUUACAAGCUUGGCGAGCGUGGUCGCAAAACUGGUGUCGAGUUAAUAGACACGGGUAAUCGCGACGAAUAUGGCAUGCAACCUUUGGACGACCUUCUUUCUUCUCCAGAAAAAGAAACCGGAUCCGACCAAAGAUAUGAUGACGAGGAUGAAGCGCCAAAUAACGACCAAUAUGAGAGCGGAGACGAUGAGGACGAAGCCGGCAGUGAAGAUAUGGAUAUAGAAACAAGUGCGAUCGCAAAGGCCUACAACCUUCCUGGGCCGGGACCUCAGACUGUACUUAGGGAAAAUAGGCAGUAUCCCAUCCCUCGAAGUCGGUCGCCCGUCAAGACUACAUUGAUGUCUUCCCCUCGACGAAAUCCGAACCUCGAACAUCUCUCCUCGCCUACCCGCCCAGCCUUUUCCGACGAUCGCGACGCUACUGUGACCCGGAAAAUCGAUUUUGGGGCAAAGCCCUCUUUGCGCGGGAAAGCUACGGCGAAUGGAGUCAACGGCGGCACUCAUGAGGAGGAGGAGGACGCUGAUGAAACGGAAGAUGCACCUGAAGCCAGUGAAGCCGGCGACGUUGGGGACGACAUGGACCUUCUCGAUAAGUCUCUCGAAUUGGUUGACGACCUAACUAGACACUCUUCAGAGCACGAUUCAGAACAGGAGUCGGAGCCAGAGCCAGAGCCGGAGCCUGUUAAGACCAAAGCAUCAGCCAAAGACAAGUCACAACGUGCAGAACCAGAACCCAAGAAGCCAGGGAAGCGAGGAAGGCCAGCGAAGGUCAAACCAGUCGAAGAGGAGCCCGCGGAGGAGGAGCCAGUCGAAGAAGAGCCUCAAGAGAUCCAAGAGCUAGGGAAGGGCCGAAGGGGACGGAAACCGAAGACCGCUGUUCAACCUAAGAAGUCAGCCGCUCCCGAAUCACGGAAACGACCAGCGCCAGAGGAACCAGAAGAGGCCGAGGAGCAUGAAGAGCCUGAUAACGAAGCCUCAGAUCCCGAACCUGAACCUGAUGAAUCCCCCAGACAAGUCAAGAAACCGCGAACCGAAGCCUCGAAACCCUCAAAACCAGCCAAGUCAGCGCCAGCAGUCGAGCCAAAACCCAGGGGGAGACCUGGACGGAAACCUAAAGCACAGACCGCAGGUGAUGUUGGGGACACAUCAAUUGCAGCAAUUCAACAUAGACCUCCGAUGCCCAAGAAGCGAGGCCUGGUAUCUGUUCGUCAUAACCCCGACGAAGUUAAGACGACAAGAUCUGGGAGACACUCAUUCAAACCACUAAAUUGGUGGGCAGGCGACAGGGUGGUUCAAGAGGAGGAGGAAUUUAAGGAUGUCUCCGGCCGUGAUCGCUUCGUGUUGUCAACUAUCAAAGAAAUCAUCCGCGCGCCUCAAGAAGAACCGCCUGCAAAGCCUAGGACAAAAGCUCGUGGAAGGCCGAAAUCCAAGCCUGUGCGAGAAGUUGAAGUGGUCGAGCCUGAAGAGUGGGAGCUGAAUCCUGGUGUUGUCAACGCUGAGGUCAUCUUGUGGGAGCCUGAGCACGAGACGAAUCCUCCUGGAGACGAAGAACCAGUUGAGGUUAUGGAGGAUCGGGUCGCUAUAUCAGGUGAAGCUAUUCAGACCCGUGUUGUGCAAAAUGUAUCUUUCCGCAUGGCCAAGACACUCACCACCCCUUUCAUGGGUGCGGGUGUUGUUGAUCUACCUGCUGGCUCUGAAAAGAGGCCAAAGAAUUCGCGAAAGAUGCACAUGGUCUUCUUUGUGCAUACUGGAAAGGUGCUUGUCACUGUGAACGAGGCUUCAUUCCGACUCAGCGCUGGAGGCAUGUGGUUUGUUCCAAGAGGAAACUACUACAGCAUAACAAACGACUACGAUACAGAUUCUCGCAUAUUCUUCACUCAAGGUUGUGAAAUAUCAGCUCAGCCAACAGAGCCCGAUCAAUCACAAAUGUCCAUGAUGGCUUAG